UCAUCCCCCGAUCAUUGUUCCCACCCUCCAGCUCCUUAGGACAAACUCUGGUCUGAACUUUCUUCCUGCUUGCAUUACCUCUGCCAACCUACGUACACGAUGGGCCAACAAGCGUCCGUCCCUCGACCCGGGACACACAUCCAAGUCAUCGGCGCUGGCCUCUCGCGCACGGGCACCGCCUCCUUCAGCGCCGCCCUGGAGAUCCUCCUGGACGGCCCCAUCUACCACGGGGGCACGCAGACCCUGAUGGGCCCGCCCACGGAGAUCAUCUCGUGGAAGCAGAUCCUCCAGAACUGGCUGUCGGGCGACCACGCCACGACGCUGGCCCUCCUGCAAACGCGCACCGCGGGCUACGCCGCCAUCACCGACGCCCCGGCGUCGCAGCUCGUCCCCGAACUCCUCGAGCUCUACCCGGACAGCAAGGUCAUCUGCACCGUGCGCGACCCCGACGCCUGGGUGCGCAGCAUCCAGCAGGUCAGCUCGAUCGUGCGCCUGUGGUUCCUGGGCGCCGUGCUGCUCCCGCUCCCGGGCAUGCGGCACUUCAUGGGCUACAACUGGCUGCUGCAGGCGCAGUGGGACCGGCUAUACCGCUCGCGCGACGUCGCCUGGAUCUACCAGCUGCACCUGCAGUGGCUGCGCGAGGUCGUGCCCCUCGAUCGUUUGGUGCUGUUCGAUGUCCGCGACGGCUGGGAGCCCCUCUGCCGCGCCCUGGGCAAGGAGGUCCCCGAUGUUCCAUUCCCCCGCAUCAACGACGCCCAGGCCGUCGAUCGCAUCGCUGAGUACCACAUCCGCCGAGGCCUGAUGCGCUGGGCCGUCAUGUUGGCCGUGGUGGGGCUGGGGGGUUACUGGUUGCUGAGAAAGUAGUCGACACUGUGUGCCUGUAGGUUUUGACGAGGUUGCAUACUGGAUGUGUCCUGUUCUGUACCUUACCACACUGUACAGUACUCGAGCCUGGAUUGGCAUGCAACCGAAGUGUUUCGUUGUAUUCAUAUGUAGCAAUCCUAGAAACCAGAAAUUAAGCUUUUGUUCA